AUGACAGACACGGUAGAGAAACCACCUGAUAUUAAUCAAAUUGCGCAUGAUGAUGAUGAUGAUGAUAGAAUUGUUUCGUCGUUAGAGAAGCAAAAAGUUUUGAGCGAUGAUUUACCACCAUUGGAAGUCGUUCGUGAAAUGAUCAAAUAUGAAACAUUUUUACGUCUAUCAAAACCUAUUCAGGAACUUUUCGAUUCCUAUCGUACUGAUGAUAAUGCUAUAACGAUGGUACUCGAUUUAAUUCAACAACAUGUUGUUGAACGUUUCGGAUAUUGUCACGUAAAUGCAUUACAAACAGCUAUUUCACGUUUUCCCGACGAUCCAAUUAUUAAAGAAGCAUUCUAUGUUAAACACAACAAAAUCACUCAAGGUCUCGUCAACCAAGGUCAAUGUGCGCUUGAUGUUAAACUUUUUACUUUGGACGGACAGCCGACGACACUUUUCUCUUACAUAACAGCUGAACAGCCAUUAGUAGUAUUGGCAGGUUCAACUACCUGA